AUGAUGUCCCAGAAUCCACUGGUUUCGGGAACAAUGAUGUCGCAGAAUCCCUUGGUUUCCUCCCAACCUAGAUUUUUGUUGACAACAACUAGAACUAUUUCUCCAGUUCCGGUUGAAACAGUCACUCCCGUUAUUGACUCUAAGGGAUCUACUUGUCGAGGCCCCGAUAACCAGCCUGGAAGUUGUUUGGAAAUCAAAAGUUGUCCAGCGUUUCUAAACCAGCUAACGACAAGGAAUCGGGAUGAGAACUUUUUUCAGUUCUUACGCUCUUCUAGAGGAAUAUGCGGCAACCAAGGUCACCAGGUUUGUUGUCCCGAACAAGUCACAACCAUUCUGAAAGAUACGGAUGAGGUGCCACGCCGCUUGCCGAGAGUGGAAGAGGGAUGCGGUGUAUCACCGUACCAACUCAAUAACCCCUACGUUGUGGGCGGUAAUGAAUCCCGCCGGCCGGGGGAUUGGCCAUGGAUUGCACUCUUGGGCUACGACGAUGGUUCUCAUAGACCCUUUAAAUGUGGAGGCAGCUUAAUCACUGCCAGGCAUGUACUAACAGCUGCCCACUGCAUUUUGGACGAUCUAACAUUUGUGCGUCUGGGAGAAUUUAACCUUACCACCGAUACAGAGGCUCCUCACAUAGACGUUAAUGUGACUCGGUACGUGUCCCAUCCGGACUAUAAUCGAUGGAACGGACGGAGUGACAUUGCCAUAUUGUACCUGGAACAUAAUGUGGAGUUCACCAAGGCGAUUUUGCCCGUCUGUCUUCCACAUACGGAGGAUCUCCGCCACAAAUCGUACGUGGACUAUUGGCCCUAUGUCGCCGGAUGGGGCAAGUUGCAGGAGGGGGGAGAACUGGCCACUGUGCUGAAUGAGUUGCGGCUUCCAGUCCUCAAGAACGAAGUCUGUCUUGAAAAGUAUCGGGCUCAGAAUCGCUAUCGAAAUGACAACCAGUUUGAUAGCGCGGUAAUCUGUGCUGGAUUCUUGACCGGAGGGCAGGAUACUUGCCAGGGUGAUUCCGGCGGUCCACUGGUGGUCAACGAACUGUACCAGGACAAAGUCAGAUUCUACCUUAUUGGUGUGGUUUCGUAUGGCAUCGGGUGUGCUCGCAAAGAUGUACCAGGUGUCUAUGCCAGCACCCAGUACUUUAUGGAUUGGAUUGAAGAACAGGUCCGAAAUACUCCCUAA